AUGCCGGUGACCGUGGGUCCCUAUGGACAGUCCCAGCCAAGCUGCUUCGACCGGGUGAAGAUGGGCUUUGUGAUGGGCUGCGCCGUGGGCAUGGCGGCCGGGGCACUCUUCGGCACCUUUUCCUGUCUCAGGAUUGGAAUGCGGGGUCGGGAGCUGAUGGGCGGCAUCGGGAAAACCAUGAUGCAGAGUGGCGGCACCUUUGGCACAUUCAUGGCUAUCGGAAUGGGCAUCCGAUGCUAA